ACAUGGGAGUGACUUGCAAAAAAAGAUCAACAACAGCAGCCUAAGGGAAGUGUUCUGCCGCCAUAUAAUCAUAAUCUCAUGUUAAACGGAGUUCUCUUGUGAAAAGCGAAGUGCUCCAUGCAGCACGCGUGGGAAAGGAAAGUACACGAUUAAGUAACUCCGCUGCCAAGUUCUUGUUCCGUGUUGUCAAAUUCCGGCUUGCCCUUGGACACCACAUGGUUUGCAAAUGUAUAUAAACUAUGUCAAAACGUAGUGAGGAGGUGUUAGUACACCAAAACAUUUCAGCUCAAAGUCAACAUCUGCUACUAACUGUAGGGAAACGAGUCUGAAAACAGAGCAGCAGACAUGGAUGCUCAAGCUGUAAUCCUAAUUUCUCGAGCUGAUUGGGGAGCUACCAGCCCUCGGAGCACAAAGAAACUGAGAGAACCCGCAAAGAGAGUAGUUAUCCACCACACUGUCGUCCGGCCCGGUGACACUUCGCAAGACUGUGCCACAGUAGUGGCCCGUAUACAGAGGAUGCACAUGGAAGAGCGGCGCUUUGACGACAUCGGAUACAAUUUCCUGGUCGCACAAAAUGGAAUAGUGUAUGAGGGACGCGGAUGGGGCGUCAUGGGAGCGCACAGCAAAGGACAUAACCAGGACUCAGUCGGCAUCGCUUUCAUUGGCAACUUUAACAAUGAAGUUCCCUCCCCAGAAGCAUUGUCAUCUGUCAAAUUACUGCUAAAGCAGGGAAUAUCUCUGGGUUACCUGUGCUCCAGUUAUGCCAUCUUUGGACACAGAGACCUGGGCAGUACGGAGUGCCCUGGAAACAAACUUUAUCCUGAAAUACAACGUCUCAAGUCUUGACUGGGGACUGGGUCAUCUGAUAUUGUCCGAUUGCUCCACAAAUUUGCACUGGGAAUGGAAACACGAUACUGACAUUUUACUUUUACUUGAAUCUCUGAUGUCGGCUUGAUGUACGCUUUGUUCAUUACAGGUACAACAUGGCAAAGCCAUGAAAACGUAUAGGCUAUUAUCAUAUCAUAAGCUGUAAAGGAAAUAGGCCUACCUCAGUCUAGCAUUAGCCUACUUUGUGAUGUUUACUAAAAUAAA